AUGAGCAAUUACAGCCACUCUCCGGAUGCAGAGGCUCCUUACCAGGAGGGCAACGGUGAACUUCCUUCUCACAAUGGAAAUGAUUACCACGAUGUUACGGCUGAUGAGGUCCAGAGCCGAUACGAAGGUGAGCGAGAUGGUCGCCAUCGUGAUGGUAGUGAUGACCGUCGUAGUAAAGAUCGUGAUCGUAGGAGAGAUAGACAUCGGUCACGAAGCGGUAAUAGAAGUCAUCGUCGUAGGUCUAGCAGUCGCUCUCGUGAUCGUCAUAGGCGUCGUCACCGUUCGCGUGAACAUUCAGAAUCGCCUUUGAAGAAAAUUGUUUACAAGUAUUGGGAUGUGCCUCCUCCGGGCUUUGAGCACAUGACACCACAGCAAUAUAAAGCUCUUCAAGCAUCUGGGCAAAUACCUGUAAACGUGUACGCUGCCGGGCAGGUUCCGAUGCCUGCUUCUACUCCAAAUGCUCCUCUUACACUCAACACCAAUAUCCCAUUUGCUGGUAGCGCUGUUUGCCGUCAGGCUCGUCGUUUGUACGUGGGUAAUAUUCCUUUCACUGCUACGGAAGAUAAUAUGAUGGACUUUUUCAACAAACAAAUGAAAGCCCAAAAUCUUGUUCAAGCAGAGGGAAAUCCUAUUAUUGCCGUUCAGAUUAAUAUGGAGAAAAAUUUCGCCUUCUUAGAGUUUCGUUCUGUUGAUGAGACUACACAAGGUUUAGCCUUGGAUGGAAUUUUAUUCCACGAUCAGGCUCUUAAGCUCCGUAGACCCCGUGAUUAUGCCCCAUUACCUGGUGUCAGCGAGACUCCUUCAGUAAUUGUUCCUGGAGUAGUCAGCACUGUCGUUCAGGAUUCACCCCACAAAAUUUUUGUUGGUGGUUUACCAAAUUAUCUUAAUGAAGAUCAAGUUAAGGAGCUGCUUUUAAGUUUUGGUCCACUGAAAGGUUUCAACUUAGUUAAAGAUGGUUCCACUGGUCUUUCCAAGGGCUAUGCUUUUUGUGAAUACGUGGAUCCAAAUGUCACUGAUCAUGCUUGUGCUGGUCUAAAUGGAAUGCAACUUGGUGACAAGAAGCUGAUCGUUCAAAGAGCUAGUGUUGGUGCAAAGAAUUCUUCAGGAACUCUACCCCUGCCACUUAUCCAGGUUCCUGGUUUGAAUGAUGCUUUAGUUCAGAACACAACCGGAUCAGGAAAUAUUAUUCUCCGUUCUGGGGGUCCGCCUACAGAGGUUUUAUGCUUGCUUAAUAUGGUUGAUCCUGAAGACCUAACAAAUGAUGAAGAAUAUGAAGAUAUUGUCGAGGAUGUUCGUGCUGAGUGUAGCAAGUAUGGAAUUGUCAGCAGUGUUGAAAUUCCACGACCCAUUCCUGGUGUGGAUGUUCCAGGUGUUGGGAAAAUUUUCGUGCAGUUUGCAAGUCUAGUCGAUUGCCAAAAAGCGGCGACGGCUCUCACAGGUCGCAAAUUUGAUAAUAGGCUGGUGGUUACUUCAUUCUAUGACCCUAACAAGUAUCACAGGCGCGAGUUUUAA